AUGGUUCGUAAACUGAAAUUUCACGAGCAGAAGCUGCUGAAGAAGGUAGAUUUCAUUAACUGGGAAGUGGACAAUAACAUCCAUGAGGUGAAAGUGUUACGAAAAUACCGUAUCGAGAAGCGCGAGGAUUACAUGAAAUACAACAAGCUGAGUCGUAACAUCAGAGAUCUGGCUCAGAAAAUCCGAGACCUGGAUGAGAAGGAUGGUUUCAGAGCUCAGAGCACACACAGGCUUCUGGAGAAACUAUACAACAUUGGUUUGAUUCCCACCAAACAGAAUCUAGCACUCACCGAGAAAGUCACUGCCUCCUCAUUUUGCAGGAGGAGGCUGCCAAGUAUCAUGCUCACUCUUCGCAUGGCUCAAAACCUAAAAAUGGCCAUCACAUUCAUUGAACAAGGACAUGUCCGUGUUGGUCCAGAAAUUGUUACAGACCCAGCUUUUCUUGUAUCAAGGAACAUGGAAGAUUUUGUUACAUGGGUGGAUUUGUCAAAGAUCAAGCAGCAUGUCAUGAAUUAUAACGAUGAGAGAGAUGAUUUUGAUCUUGUGGCAUAA